AUGCCGACCGUAGGAGUGAAGCGCGACGAGCUGUUCAAGGCCAUGGGCCAGACAUACACGGACGAGGAGUUUGACGUGCUUUGCUUUGAUUUUGGUAUCGAGUUAGAUGACGUUACGAGCGAGAAGCAGCUUAAGCAGCGGGAGCAACAGGGCCAGGACAAGGAUCACUCAACCCACUCGGACGCUGUGCUUUACAAGAUUGAUGUACCGGCUAAUCGCUACGACCUGCUGUGUGUAGAAGGCAUUAGUCGAUCCUUGCGCAUAUUCUUAGAGAAAGAACGUCCACCCGUAUACACGCUAACACCCAGGGCUGAGGGUCCGCUUCACAUUACGGUCAAACCGAACACUAAGCUUGUGCGACCGUACGUAGUGUCGGCCGUAUUACGCGACGUAAAGUUUACUCAAGAGCGUUACGAUAGCUUCAUUGACCUGCAGGACAAGCUGCAUCAAAACAUUUGCCGUCGCCGAACACUCGUUGCUAUUGGUACGCACGACCUGGACACGGUCGAGGGACCUUUUACUUACAACGCGCUGCCACCGAGUGAGAUCACGUUCAAGCCGCUGACUCAAAACAGGGAGUUUGAUGCCAAGGAACUGCUCGAUUUCUACCGCACGAACGCGGAGGUGAAGCAUAUUAAACCGUACACAGACAUCAUUUACGACUCGCCGGUGUACCCUGUGAUUAUGGACAACAACGGCGUGGUGCUGUCGCUCCCCCCUAUUAUCAACGGUGAGCACUCGAAGAUCUCGUUGAACACAAAGAAUGUGUUCAUUGAGUGCACGGCGACCGAUAUCACCAAGGCUAAAGUCGUGUUGAACACGAUGGUCGCCAUGUUCUCCGAGUACUGUGCCAAGCCUUUCACUGUGGAGCCUGUGCAGGUAAUUUACGAGGACGAUAGUGUGAACGCGAGCGAAAUGACGCCAAAUCUUAGCAAGCGCUCGGUGGAGGUACAGGUCAAAAACGUCUACUCGAUGCUGUUUGGUAAGGGUGAGCCGAUCAACCUUGAUGUUGAUCGAAUUUGCAAACUAUGCGAUAAGAUGCAGCUCAAUGCCAAGCCUUCGAGUAAUGGAAAGACCAUUGUUGCGGAGGUUCCAAUUACGCGCUCGGACAUUUUACACCCCGUGGAUGUGAUUGAGGACGUCGGCAUCGCCUACGGCUUCAACAACAUCCCACUCACGAUUCCUCAAACCCAGACCAUUGGUAUGGCUCAGCCCCUUAACAAGCUGGGCGAUCUUCUGCGCGAUGAAAUCAGUCGUGCCGGUUACAUUGAGCUUCUUACCCACGGGCUGUGCUCACACAAAGAAAACUUUGAGUAUCUGAACCGUGAGGAUGAUGGUCACUCGGCUGUUGUAUUGUCCAACCCGGCCACGGUUGAGUUUGAGGUUGUCCGUACGUCGAUGUUGCCUGGUGUGUUGAAGACCAUUCAGAACAACAAGGCUAUGUCGAUCAAGGAGGGUCUGAAAUUGUUUGAGGUCUCAGACGUCGUCGUGAUUGAUGACAACACGGAUGUAGGUGCCAAGAACGUGCGUCGCAUUUGCGCUGCUUACACCGGCCCAACCGACGGUUUUGAAGUCAUCCACGGUCUUGUUGACCGCAUCAUGCAGUUGAUGGGUUAUCCGUCCGAGUUGAAGAUGCUCGCUGGCACGAUGGAGUAUUACACCGUCACGCCUGCGGAGGAGCGUACGUACUUUCCCGGUCGGUGCGCAUACGUGAUGCUGCAGAAAGAAGACGCAAGGCCUUUGCGCUUGGGCACGUUUGGCGUGCUGCACCCGGUGGUGCUGACGAACUUUGACUUGCUUAAACCGACUUCCGUUUUGGAGAUGGAUUUAGAGCCUUUGGUCUAA